AUGGCUCUAAGAAUGACAAUCUCUGAUAAAUUGUGUAAAUGUCUUGAUAAAUUAUGGGCAGAUGAAGAGCUUUUUGACUUUACAGUUCAAAUCAAUGACGUUUCCUUUAAAUGUUAUCGCGUCAUUCUCGGAGCGUGUUCGCCAUUUUUUCUUGGUCUGCUGAGAUCUGGAAUGAAAGAAGCCAACGAGGGACGUGUAGUUCUACAAGAUAUAUCAGCCUUCAUUUUUCAGUUAAUCUUGAAAAUUAUAUACACCCGAGAAGACAUGUUGAGUCUUGACAACUUCAUAGAAAUCUGGCACUCUGUGGACAUGCUGCAAAUUGGAUUUCUUGUAGAAUUAUGUGAAACAUUCGCUACUAAAAACAUAAAACUGAAGAAUUUCAGUGAAAUCUUUUCCACUGCCAACCUCUUUACUUCUAAAUUAGUGCUGUCGUCAGUUAAAACGUUCAUGAUCCAGAACAUUGAAGCUAUUUAUACAGAUACACUGUCUUUAGAAUUAUCGUUUGAUGAAAUGUGUUUUAUAGUUAGCAGUCAUGCCCUUCAUUUCAGCACUGAAUACAAACAUGUUGUUACAGUUUCUGAAACGCCAAUAGAUGUAACUCACAAUGAUAAAGAAUCAAAUCGAUCAGAGAGGGAGGUUUCAGUACAAUCGGAUAGUUUGUGUUGUAGCUCAAAAACCACUUCUUCAGAAAAUGUUAGUCGUGAUAGAUUUGAUAAACUUGACAUCCUACUGAGUCAAGUACGAACGUGUAUAAUAAGCCCAGAGUUACUUAUGAAUGUUUUAGAGCAUCGUCUUAUUAAGCGAAACGGUAAAGCUCGACAGAUCAUCGCCUCGGCUAUUGUAAAUCAGACUUCUUUUCAUCACGGACAGUGGCCUACAGCUGGUAUCUUCAGACCGUUUCACGAGUAUGGCAACUUUUGCGUCACUAGUAUGAACGGUAAAGGGAAAUUCAUGUUAAUCGAUCCGCUUGAUGAAAAAAGGUACACUCUAACGUCAUGUCCCCGAUUAUGUCGCAAUAUCCAGCUAGUUUCUUUUGACAAGGAGCUCUACGCCACUGGUGGAAAAUUUGUAAAUCAGAUUACAAGAAACAUGUUUGUUUACAGGGAUAAAUCAUGGACACAUGUAGUAGAGAUCCCAGGAACAAGUAUAUUACUAGCAAGCAAUGGACAAUACAUAUACGCUACAAGUGUAUUUGAAAAAGUAAUAUAUCGAAUAAACCCGAAAUGUAACCCUACUAACAUGAUUAGUUUCACAGAUCUACCAGCUGCAUGUUUUGCAAUGAAUGUCAUGAGCUACCAAAUGUAUCUUCUAUUCUUUAAUGGUUUCGACGAAACAGAAAUUCAUAUGCUAGACAUUCAGGCCAAGAGCUGGACAAGACUGGACAACCUUGAUGGACCAGCUAAAGAAAUCAUCAGUUUUCGUAACGACGAAAACCACUUUGUGCUACAAACAAACGGAAACUUGUGGACUUUGAAAGAAACCAGUGAAAACAUCAGAUUCACUCGUGUCGCAAAACUGUGGAAUUUUGACAACGUUCUGUAUGGAGCUAUCUUUUACAGAGAAAAAUUAGUCAUCUUUUACAAAUAUCUAGAACACUGGCUGAAAGACACAUUUGUUCAUAAAGUUGACAAUGUUUUUCAUUCAGUUAGUUAUUAUAAAUAUCAUCUCCCUGUUCAAAACUGA